AAAAAAAAAAAAUUUCGUGCUGCCCGAAGCAAGUUCAUUAUUUUAGCUAUUUCAUUAAGAGCCAUUUUUGUUGGAGGAUGGCUGGUGAUAUCUGGCGGAUGAAAGUACAAACACUCUGCUCUCUUUCUUGUCAGCGUGAGCAGCUUUGACCCCCUCUCCUUCUCUGUCUAGAUUUUUCUUAGAAAAGCUAGUACUCAAUCUAUAAGAUUUGAGAAGAAGUGACUGGAAGGAUGGAGGAGAUGAGCAAAAGAGUGACUAUUCUAAGAUUCAGUCUCAAUACUGAGAAGCCUUAAUGCUUGCUGCAUAAAUGAGGAGCAUGCUUAUAGGAAACUGAAGAAACAAAUUUCAGGCUCUGGGAACAUAAAAGUUGGAAAAAUUCAACUUAGUUAUUUCAAUGAACUUAAGCAAAUGAAUAAGGUUCUGCUUAUCUGGAGCUUGAAUUUUCAUCAAGGACCGAAGUUUGGGGAAGAAGAUUGGCAAUGCCAGUGAAGAUGGGGGACUCUACUACUUUGACGAGGACACUGAUGAGUAUAUACAAGCUCAAACCGUUCGUUGGGAAUCAGCUUCUCUCAUGAGGAGAUAUAAAAAAAUGUUACGACAUUUUAGUGCACCACCCAGUUGAGAAAUGAUUUGUGCGAAAGCCCCUCUCUGUUAGCUUCCUGGGCUGCUGAAAUUGGCUCUAAAGCAGAAGCAUCAACUACUAAAAUCAGAUCCUUAGAUGCACUCGGGAAGGAAGCAUGCUAGUUACGGUUUCAGGUCUUAGCAGUAUGAUCCUCGUAAAUAAGAGAAGAGCGAUGGAACUCUUCCCAGAAAGUGUGACAAAACUUUGGAAUGAAUGGGAACUCCGCGCAUUGGUUUUGUUGAGCCUUUUCUUACAAAUUGUGCUCAUACUCUUGGGUAACAGGAGGAAAUAUAUAGCUAGUAACUGGGUCAGAAUCAUCAUUUGGCUAGCUUAUUUAGCUGCAGAUUGGAUUGCAGCAGUCUGUAUUGGCGUCCUGUCCAAUGAGAAUGGAGAUGACAACUCAUCACAACCAAACAGUUUGAUAUGGGCAUUUUGGGCACCAUUUCUGCUGCUGCACCUUGGCGGUCCGGAUACUAUUACAGCCUAUUCAUUAGAGGAUAAUGAAUUAUGGUUAAGACACUUUCUUGCGCUAGUCAUCCAGUUUGGAGGGACAUUUUACAUUUUUCUUAGGUCCUGGAAGUCCAAACUGCUUAAUAUUCUGGCCAUUCCAAUUUUUGUGGCAGGACUCAUCAAGUAUGGGGAAAGGACCUGGGUUCUAAGGUCUGCAAGCAGUGAGCAAUUCAGAGAUGCCCUGCUACCUCGUCCUGAUCCAGGGCCUAAUUAUCCCAAAUUCAUGGAUGAGUAUACUUCAGGAAAAGCCGAGGGAUAUCAAGUUUCAAUACAACAACGAGGUAAAACUUCUAGGACAGUGCAUUCUCCUCCAGAAGGAGACAUUUUGCAGCAGGCUUAUUACUUCUUCGAAACUUUCAAGGGUUUGUUUGCAGAUAUCAUUCUUAGCUCCCAGAGGCGCAAAAGGAGCCAGUCUUUCUUCCAGGGGAAACAUUCUGAACAAGUUUUGGAAGUGACUUUGAAAGUGGCUUUUGAAGUGGUUGAGAUUGAGCUUGGAUUCAUGUACGAUGUUCUCUACACAAAGGCAACUGUGACUUGCUCUAGAUGGGGCAGCCUCCUCCGCUCGAUUAGUUUGAGUUUCACCAUUUCUGCAUUCAUAGCCUUCUUGACCAUUGACAGGCAAGAGUACUCAACUAUUGAUGUGAUUAUAACGUACUUGUUGCUGGUUGGAGCUAUUGUUCUAGAGAUCUAUGCCAUUCUUGUACUGCUUUUCUCAGAUUGGACUAAGCGGUGGUCAAGUAAAAACAAAAACACAGCGGUGCAGCUCAUCAUUAAAGCCAUCUCUCGCUUCCAAUUGCGUUUUCUAUUCCCGACGAAUCAGAGGUGGUCUAAAACCAUGGCACAAUACAAUCUAAUAGAUUUCUGCCUUAAACCGAGGCCAAUUAAAGUCCGUGUACUCCAGAAGUUCCACAUUUAUCAAAUAUUUGAGAAGUAUUAUCACAAGAAUUUAGCUGUUUUCUCUGAAGAAAUGAAAAAAUUGAUCUUUGAAUACCUUGUAGAAAUAUCAAAGAGUGCCUCAGAUAUUGAGGCCGGUAAGCAAUUAUGCACUGGUCGGGGUGAUCUGGUGCUGCUAGAGAAAUUAGGUUUGAGCAAUAACGAAGACUUCAGUCAUAGCAUUCUUCUCUGGCACAUUGCAACUGAUCUCUGCUAUGAGAAUGAUGCAGAGAAGAAUCCAGAUUGUAAAGCGUGCAAGGUGCUUUCUGAUUAUAUGUUGUAUCUUCUGGUCAUGUGCCCUUUCAUGCUGCCUGACGGAAUUGGGGAGAUUAGAUAUCGAGACAGCUGCGCCGAGGCUAAAGAAUUCUUCAAGGAUAGAAAGCACAUAAAAAGUAGAACCCAAGCUUGCAAAGAUUUACUGAGAGUGAGCACUGAAUUUCCAGCAUCACAGGUGAAAGGUGAUAGAAGCAAGUCUCUGCUAUUUGAUGCCUGCAGGCUGGCCAAGUCUCUGCAAUCCCGGGAACAUAAAUGGGAGCUGAUGCGGGGUGUGUGGGUGGAGAUGCUAUGUUACGCUGCAAGUCAAUGUCGGCCGAAUCAGCAUGCCAAGCAGCUCAGGCGAGGCGGAGAGCUGCUCACUCAUGUCUGGCUUCUCAUGGCUCAUCUUGAUGUAAGAGAAAAUUUCCAGAUUUCACAAGGCAAUGCAAAAGGUGGGAUAAUUGUGAGCUAGGAUCACUGAUGACACUCGAAGGAAAUGGCGCCACUCCAAUAUUGUAGUUGAGAAGUUUUUGUACCAAAAGAAUCCAAGAUCAGUUGAUCAGUUGUAUUUUCAAUUUAGAGAUAUUCAUUUUGAAGUUUUUGCAAUCAUUGUCGCCUCGAAUUAUCUUCACCUCUCAACAAUAGAUUACUGAUUGAUUAACAAUGACAUCGGAGGUUUUCCAGUA